AGAGAGGCUCUUGACCUCUCCCUUUCAUCUCGAACACCGCUCUCGUACGUCUCACACGCUCAUCCGCGAUGCCCAACUCGUCGUACGGCUCGUACAACCACACCUCGAGUGGGACCAACAGCCAGGGCAACCACUACUGCAGCCGUGACUACGGUAACGGGAGCAACUCGUACCACUACUCUAACUCCGAUGGAAGCUACUAUUACUCCAACCCCAACGGGUCCACCUACCACAGCAGCAGCACUGGGUCGUCUACGUACACGUCGCCUAGCGGCAACGUCUACAAGUCGUCCUCCAAGUAAGCGAAGAGCGCUUCGGAGUCAUGGGGCCGCGAUGGAAUGCAGGUUGGCGAGAUAAGGAACCGCGGUCCGCGUUGUACAGUACCCUGAUUCACGUUUGUUUACGGCAAAGUUUCGAAGAAUGACAAGCAAUGUCUAAGAUGGAAGCUGAUUAGCAUCGCGAAGGACUGACUGGCAC